AUGCAGAUGAAGUCCAUGCGCAUGCAGAAAGCGUCAGAAAAUAAGGAGGUCCACACCCCACCCUCUCCCAUUCAGAGGCCAUUGAAGCGCCAAACCAGUUGGCGCUCUGGGCUCCGUGGUGGUAUGUGGAGACCGACUUCAGAGGUGCUUAUCCCUUCAAAGAAGGAACCAGUGCCUCGAUUGCGGCAGGCGAAGCAUCGGCAAGCUCUGACUGAGGUCGCGAUUUACCACAAGGCUGCGAUGACCAUCCAACAGGCUUGGCGCAGCCGGCCGAAUCGGCGUGUGGCUUUGCUGCGGCUGAUCAACUCUGAGGCGCGUCGACGCCAUUUGGAGCGUCGGAGUUUCCAGACACGGGCCCAAUUGUGGGAGGAUAUGGAAAACUCCCAGGAGCCAGGCACUUCCAAAGGACCAUCCAUUUGGCAAAUGAUGCAGUGCUCAACAAUUCUGAAGGAGGUGUUGGAGGAUGUGUUGACAGCUACAAAGACUUGCCAACGCCUGGAUGCAGGGGUUCAGGCCUUUAUGGACGGCCUGAAGCGCAAGCAAGCCGUGCGCAGGAAAUGCCAGGAGAUCUGGCGACGCAUCCGGCCCAAGCUGGUUGCGUAUUCUGCGAUGUGGAACAUCAUUGACACCCAGCGCCGCACUGAGAUGCACUGGGAAGCUUUGCGGCAGCUCAUUGCAACACCAAAAGCUUCCGCGCAGAAGUCGGAGGUGGAGGCUCAUUGGGACAAGGUGCUACGUCUUGUGGGCCCAGCUCCAGAAUGUGCCUCAGAAGUAGAGGCUGUAGUCACUUUCGCGCCACUGGCGCCUGCAAUUUGCGCGUGA